AUGUCACCGAGCACCACACAACUUAUCUCUGCUGCCGGGGGUGGCACGCAAGACGCUGCCAUCGAGGCCGAGUUUGUCAAGGGAUGUCCAGCGCUAUUGAUCCCCAACAGCGACGACUGGCAUCCGACGCAACGCGACCUCGAGGCACCUCAGGUGCUUCCUGCUCGUACCUUUGUGGGCAAGCUACGCACCAUGUUUGCCCAGUCGGCGGGGAAGCCGCUCAAAGUAACGCCGGGUUCGUUCGACAGGCCCGCACCGCCUCUUGCCCUCGACUCCAACCCCCUUUCGCCUACCUAUUCUCCCUUUGCUGCCUUUUACCUUCCUGGCUCGUCCAAAAAGCACGUGCAGGAAGGGUUCGAGCCGCGCUAUCCAGCACGCAUCAUGGUGGACCACGACGUGAGCGCUGUGGAUUGGGAUCGAUUCCUGGUCAAUAUUCGCGUCGCCGGUGCUCUGCGUGGACACGAGCAUCUGAUCGCCAACGUCAUUCCGGCACCGCUCAUUGUGCUGAAAGCGGCGUACGGAAACUACUUCAUCACAAAGGCCAUCAUGAACGCCUUCAAGAAGCGUCACAUUCCCGAGGUGCUCGCUCUCGUCGAAACCUACCAGCAUCGGUUCUUCCAGCCACGGGGUCUCGACGUCUUUGUCGCCACUGGCACAAGGCGUAUCUCGGGCCACUUCCCUGGAGACACGUCCUACAUCGAUACGCCUCCGGUUGAGCUUGGGAUGCCUCUCGACGACAGUAGCUCAAGCUCUAGCUCCAGCUCCAGCUCUAGUGGCAGCAGCAGCAGCAGCAGCAGCGAUUCCUCCGAUUCUGAUGACGACCAAGAUCUGCGACGCCUUCCAAAGGAACAGCGUAAGCAGAUCUUGGCCGAACGAAAGGCAGCCAAAGGAGGUAAACUUUCGAAGAGGCAAAAGAAGAAGCUCACCGGCGAGCAGCUGGCUCAGGCACGAGAGCGUCGAGAGCAGAUCAAGCAAGCCAAGAUCGACACGAUUGAGCGUCGUAGGAUCGCCAUUGGAGAAGAGCAAGGAGAGGGGUUCAAGAACUUUAAAAAGCACGGAAAGGAUCGCAUCGUCGUUCAGCCGCAACUGGUAGCUGCGCCUCAGCCUGGUCCCGAUUGGAUUCGAAAGAUGGAAGCGCAGGAGAAGAGUCCAGUACAAGCAGAAAACAUGCCUGGAUCCACCUCGUCUCGUCAUCGCGGUCAAGACUUGUCGUCUCGAUCGGGCGACCAACCCCACUUUCCAUCUCAAGAUCGCGAAGCAGCUGCUGACGACGACAACGACAGCACCAAUGCUGAUGCAUCGGAUGGAGGGCUCGUGGUGGACCGUGGAGCUCGUGCGUGGGCCACGGCCGGCGGAUGCUUCCUGGCCAUGUUUGCCACCCAAGGCUACGUGGCCGGGUACGGACCCUAUCAAGCCUACUACGAGUCGAUCUUUCCUCAGGUCUCGCCGUCCGACAUCAGCUGGAUCGGGAGCAUCAUGCUGAGCGCCGGAUACCUCUUCGCCAUCCCUGCUGCCAUCAUGACCGAUGUGCUCGGUCCUCAACCCACACUUGCUGUGGCAUCCGUGUUCGUCGUAGUGGGUACGGUCAUGUCGAGCUUGGCGCGAAGCUUCUAUCAGGUAUUGCUGUCGCACGGCAUUUGCGUAGGCAUCGGCAUCGGUCUCGCCUUCCUCCCAACGGUAUCGCUGCCCAACCAGCAUUUCAAGCGGUAUCGCGGCGUCGUAGUGUCGGUCGCUCUCGGCGGCAGCUCGAUCGGCGGUGUCGUGUGGCCGAUCAUCUUCAACCGCAUGAUCAACUACUCGCGCGUCUCCUACGCAUGGACGCAGCGAGCCAUGGCUUUGAUCCAGCUCGUGUGUCUUGCAGCCUCGGUGCUGAUGGUCAGACCCAACGUCAAGGUUGCGGCUAGUCGCAAGCUGCAGAUGAGCUCGUAUCCCGUCGGCCGAGCGCUGAAGAGCCUCCAGGUGGAUGCAUUUUUCGUGGGUGCACUGCUCUGCCUCGCCGGCGUCUACGUUCCCAACUUUUACAUGGUACCGUAUGCGCAGGCAUUGGGAGCCACGCCCACCACCGCCUUCUACCUCACAUCGCUGCUUAGUGCAAGCACCUUUAUCGGUCGAUUCGUAUGGGGAGGCGUAUCCGAUAGGCUGGGUCACUCCAACACUCUUGUGUUCUGCACCGUCAUCUCGGCCGUCAUGGUCUUUACCUGGUCGAGCACCACCAGCAUGGCCGGCCUGUGGGUCUGGGCGAGUUUAUAUGGACUCUUUUACGGUCCGGCGAUAUCUUUGCAGACACCGGCGCUGAUUCUCAACGUUCCCGGUCGCCACGAUGUGGACAAGCUCAAGGUGUUGCCCACGUACAUUUCCCUCAUGUGCACCAUUGGCUCGCUGGGUGCGCUCGGCGGCAACCCGGUGGCAGGCCGCCUUCUCGCCAACAACACUCGCGGAUCUGCACCAGAGCCGCACGAUUACCACAGCAUGACGUGGUUUGGUGGCUCACUGUUGCUCGUCAGUGCGGCACUGUUUGCCUACGCACGCUUGAGCGCCACAAGACAGGUGAAGGCGUAG